AUGUUCUAUGAAGGCUCUCUCCAGAACGGUGUAACAAUGCAGGAUCGCGUUCGCCGCGACGUUGACUUCCCAUGGCCAGUCGGUGACAAUCCUAUGAUGUUCUGGUCGAAUUUGGGCAAUGAGGAAAUUUCAGCCUCCGGUACCUCCUACCUCAACCGCACUGAAGCCUCAAAUGUCGAAAAGAUCGUCACUCGCUUUUUCAAGGCUGGUGUUCAGCCUAGCGACAUUGGUAUCAUCACACCGUACGAAGGCCAACGUAGUUAUGUCGUUAGUUCGAUGCAAGCAACCGGCAGCUUCAAGAAGGAGAACUAUAAGGAAGUCGAAGUCGCAUCUGUUGACGCUUUCCAGGGACGUGAGAAGGAUUUCAUUAUCCUUUCUUGUGUACGUUCCAAUGAUCAUCAAGGUAUUGGUUUCUUGAGCGAUCCUCGUCGUCUCAACGUCGCCCUUACCCGAGCGAAGUAUGGACUCGUCAUACUUGGAAAUCCUAAGGUCCUCUCUAAGCAUCCUCUAUGGCAUUACCUCCUCCUUCACUUCAAGGAGCGUAAUUGUCUUGUCGAAGGGCCCUUGUCAAAUCUCCAGACCUAUCGCGGACCACAACGUUACCAGAUGGCUUUCCAACAUGCCAGCAACAUGACAUCUGGUCGCCAAGGUUUGAACGGAGCUAAACUGCCUCGACAGGAGUAUAAUGACAAUGGUUCAAUUGUCGGUUACAUCCCGGAUGACGUGUCCUCUGUCCACUCCUCUGCUUUAGGUGGCCCCUACCCGCUUGAAUGUCCGCUUUCUAGAGCGGCUGGAGUCACCCACGGGACGGAUAUAGAUACCAGUGUACCACCGCUCGUCCUCGUGCGCAUGCAAUCGAGAGAGCUCUGCCAGAGGAAGAAAAUAUGUAGGCUUCUCUGA